AGUCUUAUGCUUCUUUGUGCAUUUGAGUUCGUAAUGUAUACACUUCACUAAAUUAAUAACUAAAUCUAACUUUUCCUAGCUAGCUAGUUACUUCUACGAAUAGGUUGUACAGUAGUCUCGCGUAGCCAGACCCCUUUCCACCGAAUGCCUUUAAAUUCUAAGACUUCCACUCAUCACUUGCUUCCACCAGCAGCUCACUCAAGCUCUUCUAGCUCAUCGCAUCGCGACCGUUCAGCACUGCACGUGAUUUGCCAAAUCUUACUCCCGGAUGUUCUUUCGGCGGUGGCUGCUAGAUUGGACAUCUGGAGUGUGGUAAAAUGCGUCGAAAACGCAGCACCACUUCAAAGAAGAAAUUGCUGAUUUGUCCCCCAGGUGAUGAAUCUUCAGACAUGAUGGUUGUAGAGACUAGCACUAGUCACCGUGCUAGGGUUGCAACAGCAAACAAGAGCCAACCUUUGACAAAGGAACUUAUGAACAUCAAAGUAGAAAUUACAGGCAGGCAAGCAGCUGCAGACAGCGCUUGUGCACGGACUCAAUUGAUUGUAGGUGGAGUAAACUUUGUCAGUAGGAAGACUUGUAUCAACUCGCUAGAUGAAAUGAUUCUUACUUUAAAUCUUGAAGAUUGGUCUUUGAUAGUAAAAGGUUUCUGUGAUAUGGAGUGUGUCCAGGAAUUUCACAAUGACAAGAAGUGCCCACUUAUUGUGUUCCAGUCACUGCAAUCUCUCUGUCAUCACAGGCUUGCAACUCUGACUGGAAAAAUGUCUUCACAUUUACAUGAGCAGCCAGUUGUUACUGUAGAAUUUGGGUUGUCUGAGAGAAUAUUUGUGGCUGAAACUUGUCAAAGUGGCAAUCAACAAAGAAACAGUUAUGGACAGAAAGUCAAACAACUUAUUGACUUUUUAUAUCCUCAAUCAGAAAUCAUGCACGUGCAAGCUCAAAGUACCCAACCACUUCUGCCUGAUAUAGACAGUCUAUAUUCUGCAAUUCGUAAAGAACAAAGAACAAGAGGAUUACUGGAUGCGUUUGAUCCACAUUAUGUUCCACAUCCAGCUUUGUUACCCGACUUAAGGAGAUACCAGAAGAUGGCAGUACAAUGGAUGAUUCAAAGAGAAACAUACAGACGAAAAGAAACAGAUGAGAUUCAUCAGUUGUGGCAGGAGAUAAAGACGAAUGAUUCAUGUCUCUACUACAAUCAAUACACUGGAGGUUGGUCACGCAAAAAGUUUCUCAAGCCUACAUUACCAACUGGAGGAAUUCUUGCAGAUGAAAUAGGACUUGGAAAGACAGUUGAAGUUCUUGCUUGCAUCUUAGGUAAUAGGAUGCCUGACAAACAGCAGGAUCUGGUUGGAAUUCAAGCCGAUAAAUUGAUGGAGCAAACGACAGAUGAACUGGUAGUCCACUGUGUGUGUGGUUGUCAAGAGAAAUAUCUUUCACCUGGCAGAUUGUGGAUGCAGUGUGAGGAUUGCAGAGCUUGGCUGCAUCAGUCUUGUGUUGGUGUCACACCAGAAAAAGAUGAGAAUUUUAUUUGUUUUCGCUGCUGGACUACAAAGGAGCCAAUUGAGUGCAAGACAACUCUUAUCAUAUCACCAGCAUCAAUAGCACAGCAGUGGAUUGAAGAAAUAGAAAAACAUGUCCAGCCAGGAACUUUAUCGUACAUGAUCUACAAUGGUGUUGCUCAUGGCUUUGUGAAUCCACUUAAACUGGCCAAAUUCGAUGUUGUUGUGACAACAUAUGAAACACUGAAACACGAAGUGAAUCACGUUGGAUUAAACUAUGAUGGUGGACGUUCAAUGCGGCAUCAGAAGAGGUAUGUUCCAAUGCCCAGUCCUCUUAUGUCUCUGAAGUGGUGGAGGAUCUGUUUGGAUGAGGCUCAAAUGGUGGAGAGCACAACAGCCAAGGCGGCAGAGAUGACUUCAAGGUUGGUGUCAAUUCACUCUUGGUGUGUCACUGGUACACCGAUACAGAAAACUUUACAAGAUUUGUAUGGAUUGCUGCUGUUUCUUGGUGUUUCUCCUUACUCGUGUAAUGAGUGGUGGAGAAAACUGUUGUUGUGGCCAUACACCAUGCAUUGUAAUGCAAAACCUCUUAUUGAUCUGUUGAGCCAACUAUUUUGGAGGAAUGCCAGACAAGAUGUUGCUGAUGAAUUGCAACUCCCACCUCAUAAACAGAAUACUGAGUGGCUGAAUUUCUCAUCUACUGAGGCUUUCUUCUAUCAACGUCAGCAGGAGUCUUGUCUUCAAGAAGCCAGCAAGGUAUUUUCGAAGUGUGGGAGUGGAAUGGAUACAAGAUUAGAUUCAUUGGAUCGACGUGAAGCACACAAGAUGAUGAUCCCUUUGCUGAGGCUCAGGCAGGCAUGUUGUCAUCCACAGCUAGUCAGAGGAAAGUUUAUUAAUGUUACAUUGCAGAAGAGUUCUAUCACUAUGGAAGAAUUGUUAACACGUUUGAUAUCGAAGACAAGAAGAAACUGUGCUGAAUCUCACAGGCAGAUUAUAUUUGCUCUAAAUGGUUUGGCUGGCAUUCAUGCUCUCAAACAGGAGGUUGUUGAGGCAGUUGAGAACUACAGAGAGGCAAUGCAAUCUUGGGAGGAGUAUGUAGAAAUCUUGAAAACAGACCAUUCACAGAAAAUUCACACAUUGUACAAUCUGUCAAGUCUGCUGAAAACAAACUCAACAGGAUGUGGCCGAACAUUGAGGGAUGAUACUUUAGAUGAAGAGGUUAGCACGCUGAAAGAUGAAUACCUGUCUCUUGUAACAGCUCGAGUCAAGACAGCUAUAGACAAACUGAAGGUUAUUCAUAGUCUUGUUCAAGAAGGGCAGAGCAAAUUGAAUUCAAAAAAUCCGUGGUGGAUAUUAGCACUGGAUAUGGCUAACGCUCAAGGUGUUGGACCCCAGCUAGUGAGUUCAGUACGAGGAAAGCUGAGUGAAGCACACACCACAGGUCGACUUAAAGAAAUGUCAACUGUCGCUGACAGCAUUCGAAGUGUGCAUGGCUUGUCUCUGGUAGUUGACACAACUCUUACAGAGUUGCAGGUCAAACGUGAGAAAGUUGUUGCUAUUAUUAGCCAGCUAGCUGAAGACUUGCCCUCAAAGAACGAUAUUCAAAUGGCUGCUGUUUGCCAUUUACGAAAGUUGACUACUCAUUUCAUGAAUAUUGAAAAAUGUGCUAUUUGUCGUGCUGAAAGCUUGUUGCAUGACUAUGAGCAAAUUUUAUUUGCUAUAAGAGGAAGUAACACGAGUCGCAAUGUUGAUGACGAGCUGUUUCCUGAGGAGGUAUUUGAUGGGCAGGGGGCUGCUGUUGCUGCUGCUGAAAGGCAUGCUAACCAGCACACUUUAGUGACUUGGGGUGACAGUGAGGUGGAGCAAAUUCUGAAACAUGUUGCAUCAUUUGUAAAGAGCAUCAGUCCUACUGAUGAAAUGCUCUCUGAGAGCCAAGUUCAUUUGUCACUUUUUGAGAAUUUGAAAAAGGAGUUAAGAGGUUUGAAAGCUGUUUGGCUUGUGCUAGAUCAGAGAAUUGCAGCAUUGGAUGAACUGGAAAUGGCAACAACAACACUUAGGUUUCGUCAACCAGGAGAGCCAUUGGCAGAUCCGCCUGAUUCAUCAGUUAUUGAGAUUCGUGCUGUGGAGAGUCACCAGCUGCAGUUUCAGUCAGACCUUUUGUUGGGAAGAGAAGAGCUAAGAAAACAUCUCGGUCAACUGAGAUAUCUUCAGACACUGGAGAAGAACCAAGAUGAAAUAUCUGAAGAGAAUGUCACACCAUGUCCCAUUUGUGGAAGUACAUUAGGAGUAGAAUGGAGUGUCUUGACAUGUGGUCAUUGUGUGUGCUGUUCGUGCUCUUGCUAUGUGAUUGCCAAAGCCAAAGCUGACAGAUCAGGUGUGAAGUGCCCUUUAUGUCGUUUUGUUAUGCAACCUGCAGAGCUGACAUAUGUGAGUGUGAACUCAAAAAAACGAAAGGUUGGAGAUGACGAUAUCAUUGUAAAGGGUAGUCAUUCAACAAAGGUUGAAGCUAUUGUUCGAUGUGUACUUACCAUUGAAAAUGAAAAUCGUGAGGCAAAGAUUCUCAUCUUCUCAACAUGGAUGAAUGUGCUGGACAUUGUGGCUCGAGCCAUGGAUCAGAACAAUAUUACUUACAGACUCAUCAACAGUAGGCAAACUUUUCAGAGAAACCUCACUGAAUUUAAACAGAACUCUGACAUUAGGGUAUGCUUAAUGCCACUACACUCUGGAUCAAACGGAUUGAACAUCAUUGAAGCAUCGUAUGUUCUCUUGGUGGAGCCAUCUUUGAACCCAGCUAUUGAGCAACAAGCUGUAGGACGAGUUUACAGGAUCGGACAAACAAAGUCAACACAUGUUUAUCGGUUCUAUGUUAACCUUACUGUUGAAAGUCGUAUCUAUGAGGUAUUUCAGCAGAAGUCGGUGGCAGUUUGUCCUGCAGUCAGGUCAAGGUUGAGAACAGAAGGUGAGCAGUUGACGCUUGGGGAUUUGUCUCAUUUGUUUGAAGACAAUGAUGUAGCAUCUUCUGAAAGUGAAACUGCUUGACCAAAGGCAUUCAAGGCCAGAAGACCAUACCUGUUUUGUCAUUUGAUUGCUAGCUAUAGCAUAUAAGAUAUAUGUUAAUGCAAUGUGUAUGCGUAGAGUCUAAGGACAGCAUUUGGUAAAUCUACUUAUGGAAUGUUUGGAUCAUUAACUUUAGUUGGGUUUAAAUUUUAAUGUUGCCUUGAAGGCUUCAUUUCGAAUUGCAGUUAUGAUAAUGAUUAUGAUAGUGAUCAUGUCAACGAGUAUUUCUAAACUUAAUUUCAUAACUAGAA